AUGGAAAAUGGUAAAAUUCGUGAUAAUCAAAUCACGGCAUCAACCCAUUGGGAUAACGGCCAUCGGGCACCCAAUGGGAGACUCAACUUCAGAGCAGGUAGUGGGAGGACUGGGGCAUGGUCAUCUCGAAGAAAUGAUCGGAAUCAAUGGCUACAAGUGGAUUUUCAACGAUCUACGAUCAUUACAGGAAUAAGUACUCAAGGGCGACAAGAAGCAACUCAGUUUAUCAAGAGCUACACGAUUUCCUUUAGCGAUGAUGGAAAAAGUUUCCGUAGCUAUAAACCAGGGAGAAUGCUUAAGGUAAGCUGAAUUGUUGUGUUCCUUAUUAGAUAUAUAAGAAAUUGCAUUAUGUCUUUAUUAUUACUUGCCUUAAUUUUAGGUAUUCAAUGGUAACAGCGACAGGAGCUCCAUUGUCAACCAUGUUGUUACACCUUCUAUUAAGGCUCGAUUUAUUCGCAUUCACCCAAGAGUCUGGUAUGGUCAUAUCUCUAUGAGGGCCGAAUUUUACGGUUGUUCAUAUUGA